UGUGCCCUAGCUCGGAAGAGAAGAUCACCACCCAGGCUUCCCUUAUACCACUUUUUUGGCUGCUCAUAUAGCUCCGGGUUACGAAGCCUAGCUUACGGGAUCGCGAAAACUAGAGUACUUAACUUAUACGGUAAGUCCGAAAUCCUUACGUGUUUAGUGAUAGCUCUUAGCAUAAAUACAGAUUCCUAAAGGACUUACGAAAUACAUAACUGUUUAGUGAAUCCCGCCCCCGAUAUCCAGGCUACACUUUCGCCGAUCAACUGGACUGAACUGAUCUCCCUUGUGUCCUUUAUUAAUGCUGCCAAUGCUUUUCUUAUUUUCUUUUUCCUCAUUUUCCAGAACUUAUACAGGAUGUUUUUGAUGCUCUCUAUUUUUCCUCAAAAGUAGUUUUCCUAUUAGAAUUUCUUUAUAUUGACACCGCCGAUUAUCAUGACAGUAAACAAAUCGCCAAAACGGUUAUCUCAUCCAGAUAUUAAUGGUAAUGCUAAUGGUACUUUGUCAAACACUUUAACUGUGAUUAAGUAGCGUCGUUGACAAGCUUUCGCUGAAAAUGUUCUGUAAUUUAUAAAGCGUGCGAGUGGUGCAGGUGUGAGCUACCGUCCCAGCACUGAGUUGGUUAGCGGCGACUGGGCAGCCUGGAAGGAGUGCAGGUUACUUAUGAGGCAACGAGUUGAUGUAGGCUGACAGUACAGCAGCACACCAGUCCAUCCAUGCAAGGACUCUCAUCUACCUUUCUGCUAUUGUGAGUGUGUGAGGUACUGGACUGAGACAACUCAUCAAGAUAAAAGAGAAGGUGGUACUUCAGGCAAAGUCAUCAAGAAAUUCACUUGAAAACCCAAGAACACACCUGUCAAUAAGUUGUGUGAGUUGCCAAGAGGCUGUCAGGGAUUACGAAGAAGUGGUUUCUCGUGAUCAAAAUAGUGAAUUUGCAUGGAUCAACAAAUGGUGUCAUUUGCAAAUAUCUUGUGCAGAAAAUAGAACACCAGCUACUGUUAUUCUCAAGAUAGUGAGUUUGUUUGUGUAAUCUGUUAGGUAUUACUACAUUCUGUUUUCACAAUGAUGGAAGAUCAGUGCCCAAACUUUGUGUGUGCAGACUGUGGAGAGUUGCUGGACAGCAAAAACAGCCUCAUUGAACACACCCUUGCUCACAAAGGGCUCAAGACUUACCACUGUGAGGAAUGCGGCAAAUUGUUUUCUCAGGAAUUAAAUUUCUCACAACACUCACACCUCCAGGCUACACAGAACUUCAAGUGCACUGAUUGUGGGCAGUCCUUCCCACAGAAAGGUGACCUCAACACGCACACACUCACUCAUUCAGACAAAAAGUAUCAGUGCAAAGACUGUGGCAAGUGUUUCUCCAAAAAGUUCAACCUCACACAGCAUUCUCUCACCCAUUCUGGCAUUAAACGGUUCAAGUGUGAGGAAUGUGGGAAACUGUUCACCCAUAAGAGCAAUCUCACCCAGCACUACAACAUUCACACUGGUAUAAAAAACUUUAAGUGUGAGCAGUGUGGCAAGGAGUUUGCCCACAAGAGUAACCUCACACAGCAUUUACUCCUUCACACUGGGAUUAAGAACUUCAAAUGUGAGGAGUGUGGUAAAUUUUUCACCCAUAAGAGCCACCUGACCCAGCACUCCCUGAUCCAUGCCUGCAUCAAGGACUACCACUGUGAAGAGUGUGGUAAAAUGUUUACCCACAAGAGUAACCUCACCCAACACAGCCUCAUACACUCUGGGGUGAAGAGGUUUGAGUGUGAGGAGUGCAAGAAGCUAUUCACCCAUAAGAGCAAUCUCAUCAAACACAAACUCAUCCACAUUAACCAAAAGAAGCCAAAGCAUGAGAUGGAGGAAGGUAGUAAUUAAACUAUUACUUCAUGCUGUCUGUCUGGCCUCAGCCUAACAUUUGGUUUGUAUGAAUGAACACUAGACAGACUUCACUCCUAUUCACUGAACAUUUGAUCCUCUGCUUGUCCUCCUACUUCAUUCUUACCCAAGAUCAAGAGUACAAGUGCUACAGCCUUAAUUUUCACAUCAUCAGUUCACAACACAUCUCACUCUCCACACUCCAGCAUUUGUCUGUCUGUACACUAGGCAACAUCUCAUGCCGAAUGUGACAUCCCUUCAUCCACUACAAAUUUGUGUCCUUCAGCCCAUCCUGCCUUGCUGGAUGUCAAAACAAUAAACUGUGUGAUAAUACACAAAACUCUCAAGAGGCAAUGGGCAAGAAAUACAUGGUGCUUGCAAACCAGAAAAUCAAUGCUACUAUCAAGGUUCCUUAGCAUACAGCAGGUGUUCAACUACUCAUAUUUAAGGUUUUUCCAAAGUGACCUCAGUUCCAGAAAGCAAAACACAGUUGAGUGUUAGUCAUUUAUGUUCUUAGAAUUAAAAGUUUGUAGAUGUGAUGAGUGAACAAAAGCAAAGAUACAGUUUAGUCUGAUAGUUUGGAGAGGAACACAUUCCUAGGAAUUUGGUAGUGUUCUUUUCACACUGCAAAGCAUUACCUGGAUAUGAGCACAGGAAGCAGAUGUCAGUUGUGACUGAAUAAACUAGUGAAUUGCCUUCGAGAAGUGUACAUUCAAUGCUACUUAAAAGUAUCAUUAAACCAAGUGAAAAGUGUAUUGGUGAUGCAGCACAUGUUAUGGACAUGAGUGGCCAGUGGCAGGUGCAGCACAUAGCUUGGUGUGUGGAUGAGGCAGGUGGCACACCCUCUGCAUCUGGGAUUGGCACUGGCUCUCCACUGGUAGUGAUAUGAAGUGGUGUUGGUUGCAUGAGCAAAAUGUAUUUGUGUAAUCUAUGUAGUACAUAAUACAAUAUUAACUUGUUUUGCAGAGAUGCCAGCUUAAAAGGAGCAUAUCAUUUCUUAGAUGAGCAAUAACACAACAUUGGUAUUAAAGUGUAGGAAUAAUUGGUGAUAUGAAUAAAACCUAUGGCUUCAGAGUAUUCCCUGUCUUGUUGACUCAUGACUCUUAUUUACGUAGUAGACAUUUACUAAACUGGACCUGAAAUGGGGUACAAGUCUGGGAUGCUACUUGUGCCCCAAAAAAUGGGGGUGUCUAAGUAUGGGAACAUGUAUUUGGUUUUGAUAUAGGUCAUCUUUUUUCAUGAACACCUCCGUGUUUACCUCCACAUACUCAUUUUCAGAGUUUACUAAUACACCAUGUACUCAAUAUAUGUGGGUUUGAAAGAUGUGAAUUUGUUCAUAUGCAACUAAAUUAAAUAUGUCAAAUAUUCACUUUAUCAGAGAAAAUUUGCUAUUAUGGUAGCAAAUUUCUCUAACAUGAAUAAAAUGCUUCUUGUUGUCACUAGACACUUAACAUUUAUUUCCAUGGAUGAUGCCUCAGAAGCUCUCUCUGCUGCUCUAUUGCCAUGUUCCUUGGCAUAAUCUACCAUUUGCAUUUUGUAAGAGAUUAUGUAGCUCAAUCUUUUUCCAUCUGCUGCCAUAACAGUGAUGGUGUUGAUGUGCUUUGCUAUGAUUAUGAACUUGGUGGCAUUGAGUCAGAGUGGCGAUCAGCAUGCAUCACAGCCUCACAGGUUAGAUUACUUUAAUCUUUAUGAUAAUUUGUUUUUAAAGUGAUAAUACUGGUAAUGAUAUUAAUAUCAGCAAUAAAAUAAUGAUGCAUGCAUGUAGGGUAGGUAAAAAUACCAAAAAAAUGUGCCAUCAAAUAUGAUACCUCAUUGUGGUGGAUGGGUAGAUUGGGGAAAUAUGUGGAGAACUAUUUCUCAAUAAAAAAAUAUAUAUCUUUUUGAUCCUACUGCCAUAAUAGUGAUGGUA